CCCCCGGCCCGCGGGUUUCGGUCGCCGUGCUUCCCUCGGGUUUCCAGGCUCCGGUUCGGGAGGCAGAGCCGUGCGGCGUGCCGGGGCGCGGUGGCUGGCGUCGGCCGUGGGACACCGGUAGCCGCGGUAGCGUGUGAGAGGUGGUGGAAUGACCGGAUGUUGGCUGAGGGGAAGCGCUGCUUCCCCGGCUUUCUCCGGGCAGGGGGGUGGUGUGGCACCGUCUGUGUGUUGCUGGUGUUGCUGUUAACAUCCUGGAUCCAUAUGGAGCUGAGCGAGGUCCCCGUGUGAUCUGGGGGUGCGGGCUGGGACUUCUGCACCGUCACACGGGCGAUACCUGGCCUGCGCAUCAGGACGGAUAAGUCAUCCUUCCCUUGCAUAACCUGCGCUCCCGCAGCGAGCCCGGGCCGGCGACAGAGCGCUCCUCUCAAUAGAAAUUAAGUCAUUUCUGUGCUCUCAAGGUCAUCGUGAAAAGGUACAUCUCAAACAUGUAAUCUGCGGUUUUUAGAUCAUGUCAGAUGUGUAAUCUUGAUGCCAUCCUUUGUGAGGGGAGCUCAUGGUCAGAAACAGCAGUGUAUGACACAGUGUUGUAGAAAAUGCAUCUCUUCUAUGCUUUGUCAUAACGAACAGAGGUAGAAUUAAUACAUAACCUGGUACAUGGGUUCAUUCUAUACAUGUUUAAUCUGUGAAGGAAACAGAACAUUGUGUGCCUUUGAUAAAUCUGGGGUAUGCUGAAAAAUAAGCUGGUAAACUGGACAUAGACCUAGGUUUGUUCAAAUAGCAUAGUUCAUGUAGGUUGAAGAAUUUUGUGUAUAGUGAUGCAAUCAUACAGGUUUUAUUGUGGCUGUAUUUAAAUUUUUAAUUUUGGAUGGCACCGUGGUAUAGCUAUUCCAUAUGUAAAUACAAUUAAUGGUAUUUCAGCAGUGGGUAUUCACAGAUACGUUCUCUAGCGUAGGCUCUGUUCUCUUCAGAAUAGAUUGCUAAGCUUCACAGCUGGAGCAUUUUCAUCCAGCCACUGUGUCUGUGAGGAUGGCUGUGGCCAAGUGACAAAUGCACGCGUCUGGGAUGACUGUAGUUGCAGCAGACGUGAAUCGCUGCAGAACACUGCUGGAUCUGAGGAUUUCUACAAUUGGCCUGAUGAAUCCUUUGAAGAAAUGGAUAGCACAUUAGCUGUUCAGCAGUAUAUUCAGCAAAACAUAAGGGCAGACUGUUCCAACAUUGAUAAGAUCCUUGAACCUCCCGAAGGCCAGGAUGAAGGUGUAUGGAAGUAUGAACAUUUAAGGCAAUUCUGCCUUGAGCUCAAUGGACUAGCUGUCAAGCUGCAGAGUGAAUGUCACCCAGACACAUGUACUCAGAUGACAGCAACUGAACAAUGGAUUUUUCUUUGUGCAGCUCAUAAAACUCCCAAAGAGUGUCCUGCUAUAGACUACACCAGACACACACUUGAUGGAGCUGCAUGUCUCUUGAAUAGCAAUAAAUAUUUCCCCAGCAGGGUUAGCAUAAAGGAAUCCUCUGUAGCCAAAUUAGGAUCGGUGUGCCGAAGGAUUUACAGAAUAUUUUCACAUGCUUAUUUUCAUCACCGGCAGAUAUUUGAUGAAUAUGAAAAUGAAACUUUCUUGUGUCACCGGUUCACUAAGUUUGUGAUGAAGUAUAAUCUGAUGUCCAAGGAUAACCUGAUUGUACCCAUUUUGGAAGAAGAAGUGCAAAACUCAGUGUCAGGGGAGAGUGAGGCAUGAUGGGAAUGGCAGUACAGAGCCUGUACUGAACACAAAGCAAACAUUAAUUAUGUACUGUAUAUAUCAUUUUAGACACUUCAAUCACGUAUCCUCAUAGCUUUGUUUAGUAUACUUUUUGUAUGCUGUGUGCAUUGCCUUUUAAUAUGGGAAAUACUUUAAGUUAUUCAUGAGCUGUAUAUUCAUCAAUGUGGCACUCAUGGUUUUUAAAUAAAAGUAGUAGUAUCUGUUUAUAAUGCCUGUUAAUAAAAGAAUUUACAGUUCUCUAAAAUUGCUGCUAAACAAUCAUUGAAUCACAAUCCUGAAGAUGUGUCUGAUUGGGUGGGAAAAAAGUGAGAUUAAGAUUUCACAGCAAGCCAUUUUGUAAUGCAGUAGCUGUAUUAAGUCUUAGUUCAAAGAUUAUUACCUUAAAUAUAUAAUUCUGCAGGAAGCUUCUUGCAAUGUAGCUUAUUCCUAAUUUAGCUUUUAUUUUUUUAAGAUGGCUUUGAAGAUUACUUUUGGAUGUGCAUAUUUCUGUAUGUGUAUAUCCAAAUGCUAAUAGGAUCUAUAGUACUAGUAAUACCAAAAGGACAAUUUCACUAUGCUAUUGAACAUAUAUAUUCUUGAUAUACGUUUAACAUACUCUCUGGACUUGUUUUGUUAACAGCAGAGGUUUGUGCACAGCAGGGGACAGGUUCCAUCCUGCUAAGGCAGACUUCUGCUGGUCUCCAGUCCACAACUUCUCUAAAGAGUAACUGUGGCAGAGAAGUCAAUGGCUUAUACCUGUGUGUAUUUAUGGCAACUGCUUACAGAUUAUACCUCAUCAAUACUCGUGUUACACUACAGACCACACUAGCGCAGUCUUUGCUUGUAUUCCUAGUAUAAACCUUCUAAGUAUCUGAAAUACUGACCCUGAUUCUUUGCAAGAGUUAAUUGUUUUUAAUCAACAUACUUUUGUUUUUCUUCAUUCACCAGAAUUAUAUUCCUUAACAGAAAGAUUUGGAUUCAUGCUUCUGUUCCCUAUCAGGUGUUUAUUUCAAGUUGUGUUUGCAGAUUUGCAAUAACUGACAAUUUCCAUGAGUGCUGCUUAAUUGUGUUAUGUCUAGAAUGAUAGAAUUAAAUGUUUGAGAUGCAUACAGCAGACGUACUGCUAAGACUACAUGAAUGCAGGGUCUAAAAGCACUAGCAAUGUUCGUAUGUUAAAUGAAUUUUGCUUAGCUGUUUAAGAAGUUAGCUGGUUGUUUCUCUCUGAGGUUGCCAAGGCCCUCGUUUUAUUUCUUUAAGCAGGUCAGAAUGGGCUAACUCAGCUGGUUUUGGUAAUCUACACUUUGUUUUCUACAUUAUACUUACUUGGAAAGAAGGGAGUCCACCUAUUUUUAAUAAGUCAUUUUUCAUAAUACUACUAAACAUGCCUUAAAUUCUGUUUUUCUUUCUAUGAAUCAAGCACACCUCAAGCAACUGUACCACCUGGAUGUAAAGGGAAUUUAAACUAUCAGAAAAUGGAGACACUAAAGUACUUCAACAGCUCUUUUUGUCUCACGUUUAUCGCUGUAUUUAAUUGUCAGCAGGCUAAUUGCAUGAGAUGUUGUCUGAGUGAAAGUAGCUUUAGUUACUGUCUAUACACUUAGCUGUAACUUGCCUUGUAUGGACCAGGUUACUCGAUUUUGAUAGCUACCUUGAAGUUCAUGCUGCAGGUAGGAGAGAACUGUGUUCUGGAGGGAGUACAAUGUAUUUAGCUUGGUUACAGUCCGCUGCAGGACCAUCCAGGGUGGUCCUGCAGUGCAGACACUCUGCAUGCUGCUGUUGGCCAUGGUGACUGAGACAGGAAAACCCAUGUCACUGGUGUUGCUAAUGACAUUUCCUCUGCAAAAUUGAAGAAAAGGAUGUGGUGCUCAGGACUGCAUUAAAAUUUUAAAACCUCUUUUCUUCCUCUUAUGCUUUAAAGAGUUUCACUUCAAAACAAAACUUGGGAAGUUUUGGUCCUGUUUAUUCUCAUUGGGAUUUGCACUGUAAAGUUAACUUGCUCUACUAAUCUGAUUUUAUAUAAGGCCUAAGUGAAACACUGCUUGUAUUUUCCCUUGCUGUUGUUUACAUGAGUACUGUGUACACACAUGUGCCUGACGGUACCAUAGAACUUCAGUUAGCCUAAGCAAACCAUUGAUUUGUCUAAUAAAUAGUAACAGACUUAAUUUAGACUCUACAUAAUAGGGGAACUGAGACUGUCUUUGAAUUAUAUUGUAAAGAAAAGGAUAAAAUUAAACUGUUUCUUUAUCCA